AUCCUGAGCCGCGCCGUCGUGCUGGUUUUCGGCACGCUCUAUCCUGCCUACGCGUCCUACAAGGCCGUGAAGACCAAGAACAUCCGGGAAUAUGUGCGCUGGAUGAUGUACUGGAUCGUGUUCGCCAUCUUCAUGGCCACGGAGACCUUCACUGACAUAUUUAUUUCCUGGUUUCCCUUCUACUAUGAGAUCAAGAUGGCCUUUGUCAUCUGGCUCCUCUCCCCGUACACCCGAGGAGCCAGCCUGCUGUACCGCAAAGUCGUGCACCCGACGCUGUCCCGCAAAGAGCAGGAGAUCGACACGUACCUCGUGCAAGCGCGCGAGCGCAGCUACGAGACCAUGGUGCGCUUUGGCAAGAAGGGCCUCAACAUAGCGGCCACCGCCGCCGUGCAGGCGGCCGCCAAGAGCCAGGGCGCCCUGGCCGGGCGGCUCCGCAGCUUCAGCAUGCAGGACCUGCGCGCGCUCCCCGACGAGGCGCCCGUGCACUACCGAGACCCCCUGUACCUGGAGGAGCCCGAGGGCCCAGAGCAGCCGCUGGGCUACAGCAGGGCCGGGCGGCAGCGCGAGAGCGACACGGACGAGGAGGAAUGCUGGUCGGACUCACCGCUCUCACCCCAUGCCACGACCCACGGCUGGGACACCAAGCCACUCUCCCGGAGCCAGAGCCUGCGCGGGGCCAAGAAGAAGCCGCAGGGCAAAGAGGGCUCUUCCCGCCUGGUGCGUGCCCGGAUCAGGAGGAAGGUCGUGCAGAAGGACCAGGACAGUUAGUGCCCUUUACCAGGAGUUUUAACCCAUGUUUGCUGCUGCGGCACCAGGAGGGAGUCACGGUUUCGCGUCCUCAGCCCCGCAGCUGCUCCACGCCGAGCCUUGUGCCUGGCAGACAGCGCAGGGCUCCCUGCCGCUCCACACUUCCAAUCCCUUCCGUUUGUCCGUUGCCUCUUCCUGGCUGCCCUGCACGGCCGGGGAGUUCCUGGCUGCCCGUCCAGCCUGGCUGCUUUGCAGAGGGAGGGCGGCUCUGUCCCCAGCGCCGCUGCUGCAGGUCGGCACUGGCGGCCGGCCCCGCUGCGGUCACCUCUGCUCUGGUGAACCCUAAGGGCUCCAUGGGGAAGCAGCAUCCUCUGCUCCGUGUCCCU